AUGAGUGAAGAGAAGGAGUACCUCACGGGUAGCACCUCCGCAGAGAGUCACGGUGGUGAAGGGAAGGAUCAACAAGGGGAAGUGCUGAGCAGCCCCAACCGCAGUGGUGAUAGUAAGACGGAAACUGAACAAGGAGGGAUGCCCGAUGAGGAGCCAGAGGGUCCAGCAGAUAAGGGAAGAGACACGAGGGGGGAAGCGGCCAAAAUGAGGAAGAAAAAGAAGAAGAAGAUGAAGAAGAACGGGGGGACGGAAGAACCCGUCGAAGCUGGAACCAAAGCGGGGAUGAAACAGAAAAGAAAGGGGAAGAAUAAAUCGGAAAGGAAAAGGGAAAACGGAACGGACGGGAUAAUUACCCCACAGAAGGGACUGGAAAAGUCAGACCGUCGAGCAGCAAAAAAGAAGAGCCACAUGGAAGGAAACCCCAAAAAGGAAGGGAACGAAGAACGAACAAAUAAACCAAAACCACGGGGACGGAAAAACACCAAAAAGGGGACGGACUAUGAGAACACCACUGGGAGUGACGUCUUCAAUUCCAGUGUGAGGAGUGACAAGAGAAGAAGGGGGAAGAGCACUUUUGCAAACGAGGAGAUUGAUGAGAGUGACGAUGAGUACAACUUGAAUACGCUGGGGAAUUUCGACCUCAAGCAUUACGAAGAUUUGGACAUUCUGGGCUACGACAUUUGGGGGAACAAAAUCGAGAAGAAGGACGAAAACGCCAUCGACGAUUUCAUCGAGUCCAAGACGGACAAAGACGCAUGGAGGAAAAUAAAAGAUAAAAAAAACAACCGAAUUGUGGAGCUCACGAACCAGGAUCUCGAAAUAAUCCGAAGUAUUCGUCAAAACAAAGUGGCGAAAUAUAUGAACGAGGAAAAUUACGUGUACGAAAAUGAGAAGGAGGAAUACAAAAUGGGAAUGAAGGAGCCAGAUAACCGCAAGUACAAACAGUCAGCAGAGGAGAAAAAAAAAAUACAACAAAUAAUAAACCAUUUAAUGGAUAAGGAAAAAAAUCCAGAGAAAUAUAAAAAAGAAGAAGACCAAUAUAAGCUGCUGUACGAUCUGUGGAGGAAUAAAAUUUACGACGAUUUUAACAAUGUGAAUGAAAUGAAUUUGCCAAAUAUCUUGCCAGGACAUAAAUACAGUUACAAUCCUCCCCCUGAGUUAAUGUACAAUUCAGCGGAGAGAAGAAAGAUUUUAAAACAAAAUAAUGAUGCUUUCAUUCCUCAGAAUUUUGAAAAAAUCAGAAAUAUCGAAUUUUAUAAAAAAACCUAUUUCGAAUUAUAUCAAAGAUGUUUAGAUAUAUACCUCUGCUCGAGGUCAUUAAAAAAUGUACUUCAUAUCAAGAAGGAAGAUUUACUCCCCAAGUUGCCUUCCACCCAGUCGCUGAAGCCCUAUCCGCAUCAUCCAUUUGUGAAGUAUAUCAUGGAUGACCCCGUCAGUGGCGACAGAAAUAAGUACCUGGGCCAGAUAGACAUAAACGAAGAUCGCCACGUCGUGUACGUAGUGCAGUGCGGCAAGCUCUACAUCUUCGACGUCCUGACGUCAUACAAUAUUGCCGUGAUAGACCUGGCGCACUACUAUGGAGCGGCACUUCCCAGGGGAAAAGGCGCGGAAAAAGGUGCAGACAGAAGCGCAGAUCAAAGCAGAGGAACCACUUUUGAUAAUAUCCGCAUACGGGCCAAUAAGGCGUACGACAUCGUGGCGGUGUCCUUCGUCAAUACGAUUCUGCUUUUUCACUAUGAGAACUUCAUUCCGCCGGCCAAGUCAUGCGCGGACAAUAUCGAGGAAGUAUACCGCACUGACUCCAAACGAAGGAAGAACUCCGUUGGGGACGGUGAGGAAAACAGCAGAAGUGACGACACCCCGUCGGAAGAGCGUGACAGUGAGGGGGACGCCGCACAUUUGUCGGAUGAUGACGAUUUGGAGGGUUCUCUUGAUGGUGGUGAUGAUGAGGAUAGCGAGGAUGUGAGUGACGAUGAGGACAAUGAUGAAGACAACGAUGAUGACCACAGGGAUGACCAAUUAGGAAAAAAUGAGGAAGACGAGGAGGAGACGCCCUCGAGAAGGAAAUGCGAACCGUUGAGCAGUACCGUGGCUUAUUAUAAGACGAAAGGUCUACUCAGCGUGUUUCACAAAAAUUUUAAAAGUUCGGAGGAAUACGUGUACUCUCCCGAUGUGGACGUGAAGUGGAAGUAUAUAAAACCGAAUGACCGGAAGAUAAAGUACUGCGUCGCAAUCCAGCAUGAGGGGAAAAUAAGGAACUUCUCGUGGAACAAAAAUGGAAAUUACCUCUCUGUAACGUGCUUACGAAAAGUUGGACAAUACCACUACUGCUAUUUGCAUCAUUUAAAAUCAAUGAAGUCAAUCAAACUGAUAAAAAAGUACAAUCAGAAGAGGGGGGACCUUGUUCAGUCGAUGUUUUUUCCCUCUAGUCCUUAUUUCUUGGUGGCAUUUCAAAACGGGAUCACGAUAUAUAACCUGAAAGCCAAGUCGAAGAAAGAGAGAAUCGUAAAAAAAUUGAGAGGCAUUCAAAAUAUAACAUGUGUGGAUGUACACAUUAACGAAAGUUACAUCUUAUCCUCGGAAGAGAAGGGGAACGUGUUCAUUUUUGACUUGGACCUGUCGUGCAACCCGUACAAGAAAUUUCACCUCCAGGAGUGUCCCUUGAAGAAGGUGGAGUUUCACAAAAAGUACAAUUUGUUCUACUCUUUAAGUUCAAAUGGAGUAGUGAACUUGUUUUAUGCGAAGUUUUUUCAAGACUAUGUGACUAACCCUGUUUUGCUGCCGAUUACGCAGCUGUCGAGUGAGUCAAAGAUUAGCGACAUCACGUGGUCAAGCAGGAGCCCAUGGCUGUUCGCUCACACGGAAGGGAAUUUUUCCGUCCUGUACACAUAG